AUGUUGUGCUGGAGUGCAUCUGCAGCUGCUGCAGUUGCUGCUGCUGCUGCAGUUGCUGCUGCUGCUGCUGCUUGUGUUGGGGUGUAUACGCAGCUGCAGGAAGACAUACUAAAGCAACUGCAGCAAAUAAGCUCCGAGGGGCCCCGGUGUCUCGUCGAUCCCUUGCUGCUGCUGCCCCCCACUGAGCAGCAGCAGCAGCAGCAGCAGCAGCAGCAACAACAGCUGCAACAGCAACAGCUACAGCAGCAGCAGCAACAUCUGCAACAGCAGCAACAGCAGCAACAGCAACAGCAGUCGCAAGACCAACAACAGCAGCAGCAGCAACAACAGCCGCAGCUUCAGCAACAACAGCAGCUGCAGCAGCAACAGCAGCAGCAACCACAGCACCAGCAGCAACAACAGCAGCUGCAGCAGCAACAGCAGCAGCAACAGCAGCAGCAGCUGCUGCAGCACGUGGACCAGCAGCAGUGUAAGCGCGAGUUAUCUCAUUAA